AUGACUCUCCUUUCAGCGAGGCGAGUAACAGGCAGGGUCUGGACCUUGACCGGCUACAGCUUCGCCCUACGAGCUCGAACCUACACUACUGAACCCCCGGCCCCGUCGGCAGGACAGAAAGAGCCUCAGUUCCGCGACUACUUUGUGACACACUUGCCCUCGUCCUCCCUCCACCCUGAUCCCCGCGGUCCGACUUCACCGUUUCACAAACUCCCUCGCGGAGCCUCAACACCGCAUACCGAAGAUACGCCACAAUCUCCAGCUUCGUUCCAAGCUUUAAUAGAUCGCGAAACAACGGUAGUUCGAAUUCCUCUUCGCAGCGCAAAGCACCAUUUCGGCGCCGUGACUGCUCGCGGUACUCGCCCUGCCAAUGAAGAUACCUACCAAGCUGGCGUCAUCGACAUCCCGGCCUUCGCGAAGCGCCCGCCGGCCUCGUUGACGAUCAGGCGGCCCAAUAGACAAGACCCGUUAGCACGGCCACAAGAAUCGCGAGCCGCGGAUACAGCUCGGGGAGAUCCGCAGGUCUUCUACUUCGGUGUCUUUGACGGUCAUGGCGGAACCGAGUGCAGUUCCUUCUUGAGGGACUAUCUGCACGAGUAUAUUCAAAAUGCAGCACGGGACAUUGAGCUACAAUCGAGUCUACGGCCAGGUGCUACGGUUCCAUCUACCAACAGCGAUCUACCUGUCAUGCAAGAAGGCGACCGCCGCCGAAUCGGAGAUCUUGAGAAAUACCUGGUACAGACCUGGAGACGGGUUGUCGGGGGCUACUUCAAAAGAUUCAAGCCGCCACAUUUCGCAUACGAGGGCACCGAUUCCACAGACCCGGCGAUUGCCGAACACGUUUCUAUCGAAGAGGUUGUGGAAUACGCUUUCCUUCGCGCCGACCUAGACUUCGUCAAAGCGCAAGCCUCCAAGCAAGAAGAUGAUCCAGUACGAGCUGAGCGACCCUUGAACGAUGACGAAAUAUUCCACCGACCGAGCAUGACUCGAUCUCCCCAUAUUGGUGGACGCGCUCGUUUCAAAGGCGGCAGUACGGGAAGUGUUGCGAUGAUCUCAACCCCAACACCAGCUCCCUUUUGGCACCCCAUCGCCCCGUCAAGUCUUCUCAUCGCUCACGUCGGCGACACUCGCAUUCUCCUGUGCUCAACCGAAACCGGCGAAGCCAUUCCCGUAACCUCCAACCACCACCCCUCAUCACCAAUCGAGGCAAGCCGACUCCGCCGGUACGCCGCAACCUUCGUCACGGAUUCCUUCGGCGAGGAACGCAUGAGUGGACUCGCAAAUACCCGCGCCUUUGGCGACGUUCACUCCAAGCGCAUCGGUGUCUCCGCGGAACCAGAGCUCAAGCGCAUCGAACUCGGCCCCGCGGAGUUCUCGUUCCUGAUCAUGGUGUCCGAUGGCAUCAGUGGCACCCUCCUUGACCAGGAAGUUGUGGAUAUCGUCAAAGAAUCCAAGACUCCUGAGCAAGGUGCGCGUGAUGUCGUCAACUUCUCCACGGAGGUCACCAAGGAAGGUGACAAUGCUACUUGUCUUGUCAUUCGACUCGGUGGUUGGGAGCGCCGUCAAGAAGGUGGUGUUGGAAGUAUGGGAACCAGGGAGUCUCGCGCAUGGCGCCGGCAGGAGGCCACUGAUCCGCGCAGGUCACGGACGUGA